AGGGCCCUGCCCUGCCCAUGGGGUACCUAAGGACCCCCCCGGGGUGCCCACUCCAGCAGAGCAGAACACCUUGCUCGGGGGGCAACAGCUCUCUUUUCCUUCUCUCACCUGCAGGGAAGGAACCAUGGAGAAGAAGAACACCAACCCGCGCCCCAAAGAGGGGCACCAGCUGAGAGACAGGGCAGGGGGCAGAGGCCAGAGGUGGGAUGGUGCCAGUCGUGCCAACGCUGUGCCAAAGCAGCCGCCUCCAUUCCCGUCCUCCCGCCCGCACCAGCGGCAGCCUCAGGACAGCCAGGGACAGCCCCUCCGUGAGGACACGCUGAGCUCCAGGAGCACCAGGACGCAGUGGUGCAGGACCUGUCCCGGCCGUCCCCUGCUCCCGGCCAGCAGCACCGCCGCCCGCAGCCAGCGCCGGCGGGUCAAGAGCUGCUGGGCCUGCAGUGGGGUGGCGGAGCCGGAGCCCCAGCAGCAGGACAAGGACCACGGAUGGUCGGAUGAAGCUCCCCUUGUGCCUCAGCGCUGCGGACACAAUAUCUCCCGCAUCCCCCUCCCAGCAGCAGCUGCUGGGAGGAGCCAGGCCAGCCCUGCCAAUCCCCCUCUCCCCUUUCACGCCUACAAGGCGAAAUCAUCCCCCGGCCCACGGCGAGAGGUCUCUCACUGUGGCAAGCAGGAAACCCAGCCUGAGACCCCAGCACAACGGGGAGAUUCAGCUGUUCCUCAACACGCUGAGCAGGAAACCCACCCCGAGAUCCCCCAGCAAGGGGUGGAUUCAGGUGUUCCUCAACGCGCUGAGCAGGAGACACAGACAGAGGAGCAAACUUCAGCUGCUCCCCUCUUGGUUGACCGGGAGACACAGACUGAAACUCCAGCACAAGAAGAGGAGACUUCAUCUGCUCCUCAGCUCAUCGACCAGGAGACACAGAUCGAGUCCCCGGUCCCGCGCAGCCCCUCAACGCUCAGCUCAGCCCUCUCCACCACAGAGCUCUGCUCUGCUCCCGAGGCUGGUCGGCAGCGGCUCCCCCCGUUCCGGAGGGCGCUCGGGGCUCUGCGCGGGGCGUUGCGGUGCCCUUGCCGGGCGGGACGGUCCGAGCGCGGUGCCCGGCGGGUUCCCGGGGAUGGAUGCUGCUCCGAGCCGGAGCAGCAUCUCCGGGGCGGCACGGCGGGAUCGGGGACACGGGCGGCACCGCCGGCGUUCCCCGCCGCUGAGGACACCGAGCCGCCGCCGUACUCGUGGCCGUGGCUCAUCGAGACGAGUGUGUGACUGGCCACGGCGACUGUUAAUAAAAGGUUUCGCCUCUCCCA